AUGAGCGGUGCAUUGAGCGGUAAAGUUGCAUAUUUCUGUAAUGGAACUGACAGCGCAAGCAUCUUGAUAAAGGGGACAUGUCCGACAGUAUCUGGUGGCUGGGCUGAUGUAUACACCGUCGCAUACAUGGACAUGGGCUAUAAUCCAUUAUCUUCUAGGAUUCACAUUCUCACCACCAAGUGUCCAGCGGUAUGUCCAGCGGUAUGUCCAGCGGUAUACCACAAGACGAGGAUGAUUGCAAAUGCGGUGUACUUGCAACAGUUUCCGUUCAGAAAAACUCGAUCUCGAAUUACAAGGUACAUGUUAUCAAUCGAAAGUGAAUCUAAAGGUUCCACCAUAGCUGCAAAGGCGACAAAUAUGCUGGAGAGGCUCACCGUUGACGGUUUUACAUGUUUAACACGGCAACCGCCUAAUCCCGAAAACCAUCAAGUGACAAGAGCUCAAAGCGAAAAUACGAAAGAUACUAUACUCGGUGUGACAAAUUGA